UUAUUACUAACUUCCAGAAAGGCCCUCUUUUCCUAUUCUUCACCCCAUUUCUUAUUAUUAGGGCUUCUGCUCUUGAACCCAUCCAUCCAAUCUUCCUCGAUCCACCUUCAAUCAAUGGCUGCUCCGGCAGUUGCGAAGCCCAAGUCAUCGGAGACCUUUGUCGACAACAAGCGGAAAGACGACAUCCGCAUGGCCAACAUAGCAGCUGCGCAGUCAGUGGCAGAUGCUGUCCGGACUAGCCUCGGCCCCAAGGGUAUGGACAAGAUGAUCUCCACCUCUUCCGGCGAGGUGAUCAUUACCAACGACGGCGCCACCAUUCUCAACAAGAUGGAAGUUCUCCAGCCCGCCGCCAAGUUCCUCGUCGAGCUUUCCAAAUCUCAGGACAUAGUUGCGGGAGAUGGCACUACAACUGUUGUCGUCAUUGCUGGCGCUCUUCUAAAAGCUUCGCUUAGCCUCCUGACCUCGGGCAUACACCCUACUAUCGUCUCCGAUUCUCUCCACAAGACUUCCAACAAAGCCGUUGAGAUUUUAUCUGCUAUGGCGGUGCCUGUGGAAUUGUCGGAUCGGGACUCCCUCGUCAAAUCUGCUUCGACUUCUCUCAACUCCAAGGUAGUCUCGCAGUACUCUACUCUUUUAGCUCCUUUAGCUGUUGACGCUGUGCUGUCUGUGGUGGAUCCCAAUAAGCCUGAUUUAGUAGAUUUGAGGGAUAUUAAAAUUGUCAAGAAAUUAGGCGGGACUGUUGAUGAUACAGAAUUGAUACAAGGGCUGGUCUUUGAUAAGAAGGUGAGUCAUGCUGCUGGAGGGCCAACUAGAGUUGAAAAUGCUAAGAUUGGUGUGAUACAGUUUCAGAUUUCGCCCCCUAAAACAGAUAUAGAACAGAGCAUUGUAGUAUCUGAUUAUUCACAGAUGGAUAGGAUUUUGAAAGAAGAGAGAAACUAUAUCUUAGGGAUGAUUAAGAAGAUUAAAGCCACAGGCUGUAAUGUCUUGUUGAUCCAGAAGAGUAUCUUGAGGGAUGCUGUCACAGACUUGUCUUUGCAUUAUUUGGCCAAGGCUAAAAUUUUAGUCAUUAAAGAUGUUGAGAGGGAUGAGAUUGAAUUCAUCACCAAGACUUUAAACUGUUUGCCCAUUGCAAACAUUGAACAUUUCCGUGCGGAAAAGUUAGGGCAUGCAGAUCUUGUGGAAGAAGUGCCACUGGGAGAUGGUGGGAAGAUUGUGAAAAUUACUGGAAUUAAGGAGAUGGGGAGGACUACCAGUGUACUUGUCCGUGGUUCAAACCAAUUGGUGAUUGAUGAGGCUGAUAGGAGUUUGCAUGAUGCUUUGUGUGUGGUGAGGUGUUUAGUGAACAAGAAGUUUCUGAUUGCUGGUGGUGGGGCACCUGAGAUUGAGCUUUCAAGACAGCUGGGUGCAUGGGCAAAGGUGCUUCAGGGCAUGGAAGGGUACUGUGUGAAAGCAUUUGCGGAAGCUCUUGAGGUCAUUCCUUACACUUUGGCUGAAAAUGCAGGAUUGAACCCAAUUUCCAUUGUCACCGAGUUGAGGAAUAGACAUGCACAAGGCGAAAACAACGCUGGGAUCAAUGUGAGGAAGGGACAAAUCACUAACAUUUUAGAGGAGAAUGUGGUCCAGCCCCUGCUGGUUAGUACAAGUGCAAUUACCUUGGCCAUAGAGUGUGUGCGCAUGAUUUUGAAGAUUGACGACAUUGUUACUGUAAGGUAGAGCAACAAUUGAACCAUUUAUCUUGGCUUUAUGAGAAACCACAUGUCUCAUCAUAUUGUCUUUGCAUUUUGGUGUGCUUGCUAAUAUAUGAUGUUCAGUCUUGUCUUCUGGGUUAUUUUGAACACUAGUUAGUUUCUGAUAUCGGUUACUAGAUGAUGCUCUGUGUUGUCUUUUGGGCCAUUUUGAAACUGAAUUUCACAGUGUGAUAUUAGUUUUUAGCUUCUUUAAUUGGUGAUUAGUCAUAUUUAGACGUGAUGAAAUGUUGUGAAGACAAACAGAUACCUCGAUGUUUAACCUA